AUGGGCAGCUCGUUCCUCCAGCUACCGCUGCCUACAGCACCUUCCACUUUACGCCAGGACCAACGACGAGAUGCCGCUCUUGAUUUACUCAACACAUGUACUCUUCCGCGACUAUUGGAUCUCGACAAUCGACCUAUUUUCAUGCUCAACACAGACGAUUAUGCCAAGGAAAGCCAAAUUCCAAUCCAACCCGUCUUCUGCAAUGCAGCACUGAGAGAGCGGGAGCAGCUGCUAGAACAAAUAAUCGGUACCUCGUCAAGGUUUCAUGAUUCUACCGGUACUGGAGCAUCACAUGACGAAUUUCGGAUAUGGGCGACGAAUCUUAGCAGAUUCAACGAUUCUCGAGAUCUCUUUCCGAUCACCAUAGAAUUCGAGAACUGGUUAUGGUUGGGCAUCUCGAUCUAUCCCAACUGGCGGCUGAUCAGCGGGCACACGCUUUUCAAAGAUGAGGAUAUUUCUGAAGGGGACCAGUUGUGUGCAUCAGUACCACGCCUCAAGAAAGAGAGAUAUACUGGCGAUCUGCCUGGCGAUGUAGCUAAAGCUUUAGCUUCUGCCGAGGCUAUACCAACCCGGGAGAUUAUUGAGGACGUGCAGGAACCUGAAUUCCCAUUUGUAGUCCUCGGAAACGAUCGUGACAGAAACAGCUCCUCGAGUAUCUCAUCGAUAACCUUGUCUACACCCGACUCUUCUGUGCCAGACUGGACAGUACCGCACCCAAGAGGUGUUCUCUCGGAUCAUCUCCAAUUCGUAAGGAACAUUGACUGGGCAAAAACACCGUUAGGGGCUAUGAAUAGAUGGUCUAUUCAAUUUCGGGAGAUCAUCUGUUUGGUCAUGCGCAAUCCUCACCCAUCUUCCGUGUUCUGGGGCGAAGACUUAACCAUGCUUUACAAUGAGGCUUACAGAGACGAUGUGACAGGCGACAAACAUCCGGCUUUAAUGGGAACUGGCUUCUCAGGCCCUUUUGGCGAGAUGUGGCAUGCAGUUGGACCUGUAAUUCGCGAAUGUGCGCGGACAGGUCAUGCACAGCUUAAUCACAACCAGCCAUUGCCCAUCAUGCGGUACGGUUAUAUGGAAGAGGCUUUCUUUACCUGGUCUUUCGUACCAGUCUUUGGUGGUACUGAGCGCGUCUUAGGGUUCUACCUCAACGCAUUCGACACCACGGUUGAGUCCAUUAGCGCAAGAAGGAUGUGGCUGUUGCGCUAUCUCGGGGAGUGCAUGAAUGCCACACGUACCGUCAAAUCGGAGGGCGCCGAGAAUGCUUCUUCGCACUCGAAUGCCGCCCCAACAGCUACAAAGUGUUGCGUUUUUGAAGGAUCAAUCGGAGUGCCGAGAGGGCAUGCAGUCUCCCCCGACAGGUUAGAUCUCGGAGAUAGUGAUGGUUUCCUGACACCGGCUUUUCGAAACGCUACACAAACCCUAGAGCCCAUGAUGUUAAGCAUCAAGGACAAUACACUUCCACAACCGCUUCUAGACGUUAUCGAGUGGCGAGGCUACAAGGAUCCAUGUAGAGAAGCUAUGGUUUUACCCUUACGACCAACCAACGCAGACAACGUGUGCGCUUUAUUGGUGCUAGGCAUCAAUCCCCGGAGAGCAUAUGACCAGGAGUACAGGUCUUUUAUGGCCAUGCUCAACAGACAGAUCGCUACGUCGCUAGCUUCGGUGCUUCUUUUCGAAGACGAGGUGUGCCGGAGCAAACAAGCCGCGGAGAUAGCCACCCUACAAAGAGAGCAGAUGUCUCGACAGCUUCAGCUUCAGACUGGACGCAUGCGGCGAAUGACUGAACUAUCGCCCAUGGGCAUGUACUUAUUCGACCCAGAUGGUCUUCUGGUAGAGGCGAACGACCGAUACUACGAAAUGACUGGUGUCUCGUCUACAGGAGAUAAACUGCCAUGGUCUAUCGACAUGAUGGUGGGGGAAAGUAAAAGGGCUGCACGGGAAAUGUGGGACUACAUGAUCACUCACCACAAGCCAGUAAGCCGUGAGCUGCAGUUCGCGAACUCUGCAUGUCAACCCCGAGACAUCGAUGGCGCACGAAUCGAGUAUUGGGUCCUGGCAGCUAGUCAGCCAGAGCUAAGUGCCGACGGUGAACUCGUCAGCGUCAUGGGAUCACUUACAGAUAUCUCGCAUCUGAAGUGGGUGCAAGGCCUGCAAGAACGGCGAAUACAGGAAGCAGAAGAGGCAAAGCGCCAGCAGAACGAGUUCAUCGAUAUCACGUCACAUGAGAUGAGAAGUAGCGAUCCCUCCGUAUGA